AUCAGAACCCUUGCAUUGAUCUGACGGGUAUUGCUUUUGUUGGAGAGAGCGGAAGAGAAAACCCACGCUGGAGAAGAUCCGCUUGGAAGUUGGAAGCGACCUCGGUUCGCACCACCCACCUCUCAGAAAAACCUAACCCUAACCCUACCGUUAGUUCUCUGUUCUUUGUCGUUCUUGUGUGAUUCAAAAUCCAAGGUUACUUGAGUUUUCGUGUUCUUGCUUAGUUCAAUUACUCUUUAGCAUUUUGGUUUGUCAUGGCGAGAAGACACAGCCGCAGCAGCGAGUCGAGUGAGGAUGACGUGAGGAAACGCCGUGGUAGUGAAUCUGAGGAUGAGGAGAGGGAUAGGAGGUAUCGGCGCGGUGGUUGGAGUAAUAAGAAGAGUUCCGGUCACCGUAGUAGCAGGGAGAACGGUGAUGGCAGUGAUUCGGGAGAAGAAAGAAAUGGUGCUAAGAGGGAUGGGAAGAGUAAGAGUAGGGAGAGAAAGGAGUCUGAAAGCUCUGAGGAGGAAGGUCAGAUUGUGAGCAAAGAGAGGGUUAGGGAGGAGAAGAAGGAGGAUGCAAGAUUGCAGCGGCGUCAUGAUGGGCGUGGAGGGAGAGACAACGAAGGAGAUGACCGGGAUGGUAGGGAGUCUCAUCGAGGGAAUGACCAGGAUGAAAAGCGAGGGGAGACAGAGAGUCACAGAUUGCAUCAUGGUGAUAGAUGGCGUGGAGGUGAUGAGGACAGGCGGAAAAUUAAUGAUCAUCGUGGGCGACAUGAUUCGGAGGAAGAGGAUUACAGGGUGCUGGCCAGGAAAUCGGAAAGGGAUAGAGAUAAUAAUAGGGAUAGGGAUAGGAGACAGAGAGUUGAAAAGGGUGGUGACAAUGAGAGGGAUCGCCGCAUGCGUCAUAAUUCGGAGGAAGAAGAUGCUAGGGAGUUGGCUAGGAAAUUGGAUAGGGAUAGGGAUAGGGACAGGGACAGGGAUAGGAGGCGUAGAGUUGAAAAGGAUGGUGGCAGUGAGAGGAACCAUAGGGAGAAGGAUGUGAGCAAGCGGCAAGAAGAAAGUAGGAAGAAAGAGGAUGGAAAUGGAAGAAUGGUUGAAGAUGAAAAACCUCAACGACAGGCAACAAUACCGGGAGGUAACCUGAAUGGUGAUGCAUCUAAUUUGGGAAAGAGUGGAGGUGUUUACAUUCCCCCCUUUAAGAUGGCAAUGAUGAUGAAAGAAGUUCAGGAUAAAAGUAGUGUUGAAUAUCAAAGGUUAACGUGGGAUGCUUUGAGAAAGAGCAUUAAUGGGCUUGUAAAUAAGGUUAAUGCUACUAAUAUAAAGAAUAUUAUUCCAGAAUUGUUUGCGGAAAACCUGAUUAGAGGAAGGGGACUCUUUUGUCGGUCAUGCAUGAAGUCGCAGAUGGCAUCUCCGGGAUUUACAGAUGUUUUUGCUGCCUUGGUUGCUGUCGUUAAUACUAAGUUUCCUGAAGUGGGGGAUCUUUUGCUAAGAAGGAUUGUUUUGCAGCUGAAGAGAGCUUAUAAGCGGAAUGACAAGCCUCAAUUACUAGCAGCUGUUAAAUUUAUAGCGCAUCUGGUGAAUCAGCAAGCGGCUCAUGAGAUCAUUGCUCUUGAGUUACUCACAGUUUUACUCGAGAAACCUACUGAUGACAGUGUUGAAGUAGCUGUUGGUUUUGUCACCGAAUGUGGUUCAAUACUGCAGGACCUCUCACCUAAAGGCCUUCAUGGUAUCUUUGAGCGUUUUCGUGGAAUUCUUCAUGAAGGAGAAAUUGACAAACGUGUUCAGUUUCUGAUUGAAGGUUUAUUUGCAAUAAGAAAAGCAAAGUUUCAGGGCUAUCCAGCUGUUCGUCCUGAACUAGAUCUUGUGGAACAGGAAGAUCAGAUAACUCAUGAAGUCUCCUUGGAUGAGGAGAUAGAUCCCGAGAUUUCCCUUGAUAUAUUCAAGCCAGACCCCAAUUUCCUGGAGAAUGAGAAGCGUUAUGAAGAGUUGAAGAAAUCAAUGCUGGGUGAGGAAUCUGAAGAUGAUGAGGAAGGCUUGGAUUCUGAGUCAGACGAUGAUGAUGAUGAAGAUGAUGAGUCUGACGAAGAGGAAGAAGAACAGAUGCAAAUAAAAGAUGAAACAGAGACAAACCUUGUCAAUCUUCGAAGGACAAUAUAUUUAACAAUUAUGUCUAGUGUUGAUUUUGAGGAAGCUGGUCAUAAGCUUUUGAAAAUUAAGCUAGAGCCAGGUCAAGAGAUGGAAUUGUGCAUUAUGCUUUUGGAAUGUUGUAGCCAAGAGAGAACCUAUCUCAGAUAUUAUGGUCUUCUGGGGCAGCGUUUCUGCAUGAUCAACAAAGUACACCAAGAAAAUUUUGAAAAGUGCUUUGUGCAACAGUACUCCAUGAUUCACCGGCUUGAAACAAAUAAACUGCGAAAUGUGGGAAAGUUUUUUGCUCAUUUACUUGGCACAGAUGCUCUACCUUGGCAUGUUUUAUCAUAUAUACGCUUGACUGAAGAGGACACAACUUCUUCUUCACGUAUAUUUAUUAAGAUUCUUUUCCAGGAAUUAUCAGAACAUCUUGGAAUUCGGCUGCUAAAUGAGCGGUUAAAUGAUCCGACGAUGCAAGAAUCUUUUGAAUCCAUAUUUCCAAAAGAUAAUCCAAAAAACACACGAUUCUGCAUUAACUUCUUUACAUCCAUUGGUCUUGGUGGUCUUACUGAGAACCUACGUGAGUAUUUGAAGAAUAUGCCACGUCUUAUCAUGCAACAACAGAAACAAGUUUCAGAAUCUGAAUCAGAUGAUGAGUCAGGAAGUUCUGAUUCAUCAGAUUCUGGAACAGCUAGUUCAGACUCAGACUCAGCUAGUUCUGAUGAAAGUGACAGAAGACGAAGAAAGCGGAGGAGAAAGUGAAGCUAUUUUAUGCUAUUGUCGAAUGCCCAUGCAUCCACAAAACUGAUUGAGUAUCCAUGGUUUCUCCAUCUUUAAAUCACUGAAUUAACUUGCCUUUUUAUGUAAUGUAAAAGGGAUAUGGGGGCUCUGCUGGUUGAGAUGUGGAGCUUGCUUUAUGGAUUUGUUUAAUUUUGUUCUUAAGAUCAUAUUCUUUGGAAGGGUAUAUUAUUGAUGUUCAUAUAGAUACUUUUUUUUUCAGUGUAAGUGAACUCCUUCCUGAGUGGUUUUGUUGAGCAUGAUUGGAAGAAUUAUCAUAUAAUGUGUAAAACAAUAAUGUCACAUGUUUUCUUUAAAGAGGCAAGGAUUUUGGAGUUAGAUUGUGUAGGUUGUGAUUGUCCAUAUUAGUGCUGCAUCCUGUGUCUAUUAUCUUUCUUCUCUACAUCAAUUUUCAAAUAUUGAAUGUUAGGACACUUCUUGUAGCAUCCAUUUCUUUAGCAGAUUUAAAAGCUUCUGAAUUGGAAUUUAAAGGCAACACAAGUUUUUUUUUUUUUUCUUUUUUAAUGACUGCUUAGUCUUCACUAUUGUCUCAAUACAUUUUUACUUUGGACUCCCAUGUUUGGGUUCAGCUUAAUAGAAUCUCUGAAAUAUGCUUUUCAUAUGACUUGUCUUGUGAUUUUUCUUGUAUCCAGGACUGCUAACAUGUUCUGGUGGUUGCUUGCUGUUUUGAGGCAAUUUAAUAGUCAUUAUUGAAGGUUGUUAUUGUUCAAUUGGGAAGUAUUUCUCUGUUUGGGAGGAGUGUUAUUAAGAGACUCAUUGGGUAUUAUGUGUUGGUAGAAAGCAGUUGCAUCUCCAGCCUUUGGGGAUUUGAUUACUGAAUCUGUGGUUGCUGUGAUAUUUUAUUUUAUCAUUAGAGUGCUUCACAAUCCAUUAACCAGGUUCAGAAGUAGAAGUCUGCCGCCACAGUGAGGGAAGUUAGCUGUAUAAAUAGGAAAUUAUAUGCAAGCACACAAAAUGUGACAAUCAAAUACUAAUAAGUCAUGCUUGGGAUAAGACUGGUGGUAUUGCAAUAACCAAGGAAGUCAAAAUAUUCUCUAUGGUUGGUGUCAUUGUCCUUAUAAAUUGCAUUGACUAGAUUGUGUCUUCUGCUAUGUGUCUUGUGCAGGAUUAGUCUUUUUUUUCUUCUGUACUUUACUGAUCUAGAUAUUGUUAUGCUCAGUUCUGACUUGGAAAUGCUA